AGACAACGAGCAUUACUGUAGUCACGAGUGCCUUGUUUAAAAUAGAGCAGAAUUCAUUCGUCUCCCAUUCUUAAACCCUAAAUCAUAGCCUCCAUCAUCUCCUAAAACCCUAAACCCACUCGAAGAUGGAUUCCGAGGGUCUAAACACAACCACCACGGCCGGCCACGAGAAGCGGCCAACGAAGAUCAGAUUCGAUUACGACGACGAGGAGCAGCAGCAGCAGCGCCCGGACCAGGACGAGACUCUCACGGAGAGCUCGAAUCUAGAGGUCGAGGAAGACACCGCCAUGUGUGACCCCUCCGCCGAUGACGACUCCAUGGCCGGCGACGAUAAGACCAGCGCCGAUUAUUACUUCGACUCUUACUCUCACUUUGGUAUUCAUGAAGAAAUGUUGAAGGAUGUAGUUAGAACUAAGACUUACCAAAAUGUCAUCUAUAAGAAUGCUUUUCUGUUCAAGGAUAAAGUAGUCCUUGAUGUGGGUGCUGGAACUGGGAUCCUUUCUCUAUUUUGUGCAAAAGUUGGUGCUAAACAUGUUUAUGCGGUUGAAUGCUCUACCAUGGCUGAAAUGGCACAAGAAAUUGUGAAGUCAAAUGGUUUCUCAGAUGUUAUAACCGUUAUCAAGGGAAAAAUUGAAGAGAUUGACCUUCCUGUUGCUCAAGUGGAUAUUAUAAUCUCUGAGUGGAUGGGAUACUUUCUGCUGUAUGAGAACAUGUUAAAUACAGUACUCUAUGCUCGUAAUAAGUGGCUUGUUCCAAAUGGCCUUGUGCUUCCAGAUAAGGCUUCUCUGUAUUUGACAGCAAUUGAAGAUGCUGACUACAAGGAGGACAAGAUUGAAUUUUGGAACAAUGUAUAUGGUUUUAACAUGAAAUGCAUAAGGAAGCAGGCAAUGUCGGAACCUCUUGUUGAUACAGUAGAUAAGAAUCAAAUUGUUACCAACUGUCAGUUACUCAAGACGAUGGACAUCUCUAAGAUGGAUGCAGGAGAUGAAUCUUUCACUGCUCCUUUCAAGCUUGUUGCAGAACGUGAUGAUUACAUCCAUGCCCUUGUAGCAUAUUUUGAUGUAUCAUUCACCAGGUGUCACAAGUUAAUGGGCUUCUCUACAGGGCCAAAGUCACGAGCCACACAUUGGAAGCAAACCGUUCUCUACCUAGAGGAUGUCCUAACCAUUUGCCAAGGGGAGGCCUUAGUCGGGAGCAUGACCAUUUCACAGAACAAGAAGAAUCCCCGAGAUGUAGAUAUUAUGCUCAAGUACUCGCUAAACGGUAGCCGUUCCGUUGCCUCAAGAACCCAAUAUUACAGAAUGCGGUGACAAUUGUGAGUCGGCACAACACCAAUGUAUUGGCAAAUUCAUGGCGUCUUCUCGCCAUAGAUUCUGCACUUUCAGCGACAUCAUUUUUGAAGCAAAAUUGCCCCUGUUUACUUCUGUUCCCCCAAAAUUGUUAAAAAGAUCCUGCAAUGUCCUUAUUAGUAACUUGAUUUUAUUUUCAACUUCUUUUCUUUUUUUUUCCUCGAUUUAUUUGAAUUUUAUUACCCAUUUUUCCUUCGGCCGUGUUUGGGUGUUUGUAUCUGUGUUGUGGUUGCCAAAGCAUAUACAGCUUAAUGUAGUGAUCUUCAGUGAA